AUGUGCCCUGCUUUAGUACACCGGGGGGCCCCUGGGGGCCCCUCUGAGCUCCCUGUGCUUUCUGAGGGUUCGCUGGGGCCCAGGGGGCCCCUGGAGGGGCCCCUGGAGGGGCCCCCCAAAGCAGCAGCAGCAGCAGCAGCAGCAGCAGCAGCAGCAGCAGGGGGGAAGGGGCCCAUGGGGGCCCUUUGCUGGGACCAGAUGCUUACAUUCAUAUCCCAGGUUGCUGCUGGGGAGGGGCCCCCAGCAGCAGCAGCAGCAGCAGCAGCAGCAGCAGCUGGUGAAGGCUCUUCCGGAAAGCAGCAGCAGAAGCAACAGCAGCACCAGCAGCAGCAGCAGCAAAGGCAGCAGCAAAAGGAUCUUUACGCCCCUGCUGCUUACCCUGCUGCUGCUGCUGCUGCUGCUGCUGCUGCAGGCCCAACUGCAGCAGCAGCUGCCUUUCCGCAGCUAGGCGCUGCUGACGCGGCACCGACGGGCAGCAGCAGGCGAGGCCGCAGGGCGCAGCAGCAGCAGCAGCAGCAGCAGCAGCAGCAGCAGCAGCAGCUUGAAGGGCCCCCGCCCAAGAGACGCCGGGGCCGACCGCCAAAGAACCUACAGGAGCAGCAACAGCUGCAGCAGCUGCAGCAGCAGCAGCAGCAGCAGCAGCAGCAGCACGCUGAGGGGGCCCCUCAGGGGCCCCACCGGUGGGCCGCAGAGACGGGUAAGGGCAGCCAGGGGGGCCCCCCAAGCAGCAGGCAGGGCCAAAAGAAAGAUGCUGCUGCUGCUGCAGCACCUGCUGCUGCAGCAGCUGCUGCUGCAGCAACUGCUGCUGCAGCAACUGCUGCUGCUGAUGAAGAUUUGCUGCAGGAGCUCGAAGACAGCCUCUGCUCUUACCUUGAGGUGGAAGAGUCCCCAUACGAGACUUUGGGGGGCCCCCCUGGGGGCCCCCCUGGGGGCCCCCCUGGGGCCCCUCCUGGGGGCCCCCCUGGGGGCCCUGCUGCUGCGCUGCAGCAGCAGCAGGAGCGAAGCAGCAAACACCCUGAGCAGGGGCCCCUUGAGGGGGCCCCCUUUCUGGAUUUGAACCCUUUUGGAGAAUUCGAAAUGGAGGGGGGGGCCCCUAGGGGGGCCCCCCAUACCUCACAUUUUGCUGCAGCUCAGGGGCCCCCCGAGGGGCCCCCUGAGGGGCCCCCCGAGGGGCCCCCCGAGGGGCCCCCUGGGGGGCCCCCCGGGGGUACCCCUGAGGGGCCCCCACGCUCUAGUCUUUUUGCUGCUGUCGGCAGCUCAUGUGAGGUGCGCAGCAGCAGCAGCAGCAGCACCUGCAGCAGCGACAAGGGCAGCAGCAGCAGCAGCAGCAGCAGCAGCAGCAGCAGCAGCAGCACGUGCAAAAGCUGCGACGCGCUGCGGCAGCAGCUGCUGCAGCUGCAGCUGCAGGGCUAUGAGUCUUGGGGAGAAGCAAACCAGCGUCUUGCUGCUGCUCUGGAGACGAAGCAAGAAGCUUUGGUGCAGCAGGAGCAGCAGCUGCUGCAGCAGCAGCAGCAGAUUGAGCUGCUGCAGCAGCAGCUGCAGCAGGCGGCCGAGGAGGCGCAGCAGCGCGAGCACUUGCUGCUCAUGGCCAAGAAGCAGCAGCAGCUCCUCAAAGAAGAACUGCAGCAAGCAGCAGCAGCAGAAGAGGAGCAGCAGCAGCUGCUCGCCAACACGCUGCUGCUGCUGCAGCGGGAGAAAGAAGAUGUCAAGAGACUCAAGCGGCUUGCUGCUGCUGACGCCAGACAUAUCCGAGAGCUCACUGCAGCGCAGCAGCAGCAGCAGCAGCAGCAGCAGCAGCAGCAGCGAAGAUCUGCUGCUGCUGACGCUGUAGAGAGGGCGCCUAGAGUUGCCGAGCUUAGCUGCGUUGAUGAUCCGCUGCUGCCAUACACAUGCCGCAGCAGCAGCAGCAGCAGCAGCAGCAGCAGCAGCAGCACUGCAGCAGCAGCAGAAGAUGAAGAGGAGCCGGAGUCCUCCAGUAUGCCCAUAGAGAGUCUUGACGAGGAAAUUUUUGGGGCAGCCGGCUUCAAAUUUAAUCAGCAGCAGCAGCAGCAGCAGCAGCAGCAGCAGCAGCACAAACUCGAGCAGCAGCAGCAGGAGGAGCAGCGACAGAGGCCGUUGGAGCAGCAGCAGGAGAAGCAGCAGCAGCACCAGCAGCAGGUAGAGGGGGACAAAUCGGUGCUGCUGCUGCAGCAGGAAGAAGAGCAGGAGCCUCUUACACGCCAUCAGCAGCAGCAGCAAGUCCAACAGCAGCAGCAACUUAAACAACAGCAGCAGCGAGAAGAUGGAUUGCUGCAGCAGCAGCAGCAGCAGCAGCAGCAGGAACAGCAGUGGGAGCAGCAGCAGAAGCAGCAGAAGCAGAAGCAACUGCACCAGCAUCUGCAGCUGGAGAAUGUGGCUUCACUGCAGCAAGAACAGCAUCAGCCAGAGCAGCAGCAGCAGCAGCAGCAGCAGCAGCAGCAGCAGCAGCAGCAGAAGCCUGAGCCGCUGCAGCAAGAGGAACAAAUUCAGCAGCAGCUAGAGGAUGAGCUGUUAGCCUCACUGCAACAAGAGCCGCAGCAGCAGCAGCAGCAAGAGCAGCAGCAGCAGCUGGAGGAUGAGCUUCUGUCUCCUCUGCAGCAAGAGCAGCAACUGCAGCAGCAGGACCAGCAAGAGCAGCAGCAGGAGCCUAAAGUGCCUCAGCAAGAGCUGCAGCAGCAACAGCAGCAGCAGCAGCAGCAGCAGCAGCAGCAAGAAGAACUUCAGCAGCAACUGGAAGAUGAGCUGCUGGCUUCACUACAGCAGGAGCAGCAGCAAGAACAGCAGCAGCUGGAGGAGGAGAUGUUGGCCCCACUGCAGCAGGAGGAACAAGAGCAGCAGCAGCAGCAGCAGCAGCAACAAGAACAGCAGGAGCAGCAAGAGGAGCCCAAGCUGCUGCAGCAAGAAGAAGCACUCCAGCAGCAGCUGGAGGAGGACUUGCUGGCCCCACUGCAGCAGGAGGAGCAGGAGCAGCAGCAGCAGCAGCAGCAGCAGCAGCAGCAGCAGCAGCAGCAUGGGCAGCAGCUGCUGGAGGAAGAAUUGCUUUGUCCACCGCAGCAAGAGCAGCAGCAAGAGCUGCAGCAAGAGCAGCAGCAGCAAGAGCUGCAGCAAGAGCAGCAGCAGCAGGAGCAGCAGCAAGAGCAGCAGCAGCAGGAGCAGCAGCAAGAGCAGCAGCAGCAGGAGCGGUUGCAGCAAAAGGAGGAAGAGCUGCAGCAGCAGAUGGAGGAUGAGCUGCUGGGCCCUCUGCAGCAAGAGCAACCUGGGCAGCAGCCGCCUGAGCAGCAGCAGCAGCAGCAGCAGGAAGCAAACCUGCAGCAGCUGGAGAACGAGCUGCUGCUUCCGCUGCAGCAAGAGCAACAGCAGCAAGAAGUUACACAGCAGCAGCAGCAGCAGCAACCGGAACAGCAGCAGCAGCAGGACGUUGAGCAGCAGCAGCAGCAAGCGCAGCAACUGCAGCAGCAGCUGGAGGAUGCGUUGGUGCUGCCGCUUGAGCAAGAGCAGCAGCAGCAGCAACAGCAGCAGCAAGAGCGACGUCACAAGCAGCAACUGCAGCAUUGUCGGCAGCAGCAGCAGCAGCAGCAACUGCAGCAGCACCAGCAGCAGCAAGAGCAGCACCAGAAGCAGCAAGAGCAGCAACUCAUUCGUUCUCUGAAGGGAGAACCGAAGCAGCAGCAGCAGCAGCAGCAACGGCGGCAGCCACAAGAGCAGCAGCAGCUGCAGCGGCAACAGAAGCAGCAGCAGCAGCAGCAGCAAGAGCGGCAGCAGCAGAAGCUUCGGAAAGAGCUCCCCCUGUCUUUGGAGAAAGAACAGCAGCAAGAAGAGCAGCAGCAAUCUGCUGCUCAGCAGCAGAAGCAGCAAGAGAAAGACCUGCAGCAGCUGGAGGACGAGCUGCUGCUCGGGCUGCAGCAAGAGCAGCCGCAGCAGCAGCAAGACCAGCAGCAGCAGGAAGAGCGGCAGCUGCAGCAGGAGCAGCAACGGGGGCAGCCUCAGGGACAGCAGCAGCAGCAAGCCGAGCAGCAGCAGCAGCAGCAGCAGCAGCAGCAGCAGAGUGCGCAGCAGCAACAGGAGCUUCAGGUCAGGCAGCAGCUCUCACUGCAACACGAGCGGCAGCAGCCGCAGCAGCAGCAGCAGCAGCAGGGGCAGCUGCAGCAGCAGCUUGAAGACGAGUUUCUGUUGCCACUGCAGCAGGAGCAGCAAGCUGAGCAGCAGCAGCCAGAGCAGCAACUAGAUGAACAACUGCAGCAGCAGCUUGAGGAUGAGUUUUUGCUUCCUUUGCAGCAGGAGCGGCAGCAGCAGCAGCAGCAGGACUUGUUGCAGCAGCAGCAGCACGAGGUGCUGCAGCGGCACGAAAAGGCGCUGCAGCAGAAGGACAAAGUGCUGCAGCAGGAAGACAAGAUGCUGCAGCAGCAAGGUAAAGUGCUGCAGCAGCAGCGUAAGCGGCGCCAGCAAGGGCCUCAGCAGCAGCAGCAGCAGCAGCAGCAGAAGCAACGCGCGCGUAAGCCGCGUGUGUCGCAGCAGCAGCAGGUGCAGCAGCAGCAGGUGCAGCAGCAGCAGGAAGAACUAUCGCAGCAGCAGCUCGAGGACGAGCUGCUGCUGCCACUGCAACAGGAGCAGCAACAGCAGCAGCAAGCUGCACGACUGCAGCAAAAGGUUGGGGACGAGCUGCUGCCGCCACUGCGGCAGGGACAGCAGCAGCAGCUUGAGGAGGGUGAGGUGCUGCUGCCGCUGCAGCUGCAAAAGCAGCAGCAGCAGCAGCAGCAGCAACAGCAACAGCAGCAGCAGCAGUGCCAGCAAGCCCCUACUGCAGCAAAGGCUCCGCUGCGUCAGAUGCAGCAGCAGAAGCAGCAGAAUCAGAGGCAGACGCACAGACAGAUGACUGUGCAGCAGCAGCAGCAGGGAACUGCGUACGAGCAGCAGCAGCAACAGCAGCAGCAGCAACAGCAGCAGCAGCAGCAGCCGUUGCUGCAGCGCCCUCCACCGCGGAAGCAGCGGCAUCAAGAGCUGCAGCAGCAGCAGCAGCAGCAGCAGGCCGACGCAGAGGGUGCAGCAAGACUCAAGCGGCGGCGGCGUGAUACUGGGAUUUCAGCAAAAGCAGCAGCAGCAACAGCAGCAGCAGCGCCAGCAGCAGCAGCAGCAGCAUCAAUAGCAGCAGCAGAGCGUGUACGAGACCAGCUGCUGCUGCUUCUGGGGAACUGUCUUGCUGCAGCAGCAGAUUCGAAUGACAGCAGCAGCUGCUGCUGCUACGCCUGGGCGUCUCUGAAGGGCGCAGUCAAAGUGCGUGCUCUGCUGCAGCGGCUGCAGCUGCUGCAGCAAGAGGGAUCUGCUGCUGCUGCUGCUGCUGCUGCUGCUGCUGCUCAUGCUGCUGCUCCCGUGGACUUACUGGUGGUGCUGUGGCAGCCUUUACUAAAACAUGCUGCCUCUCUCCAGGCUGCCUUCACGGCGAAGCACGCAGCAGCAGCAGCAGCAGCAGCAGCAGCAGCAGCAGAAGCUCCGCUGCUGCGACUGAGGGUGCUGCUGGCUUGCAUUUUGCAGCAGGUUCUUCAUAUGCAGCAGCAAACUGACACGCGCCUGCAGCAGCAGCAGCAGCAGCAGCAGCAGCAGGAAUCUCGCCGAGUCCUGUGCGUGUCUCUGGCCUUGGUGGAAGUUUGGCAGAGAGAGCAGCAGCAGCAGCAGCAGCAAAAGCGGCAGCAGGAGCAGCAGCAAAAGCAGCAGCAAAGACGGCGCUGCUGUGAUGGGGAGGCGCAGCACCAAAAGCUGCUGUCGUCCCUGCGGGGUUUGCUGCUGCAGCAGCUGCGUUCUGCUGCUGCUGCUGCUGCUGCUGCUGCUCCAAAAGCCACGUGUUAG